UGUUCAAACAACUAAUUUCAAGGUCAUUGGAUUUCUUCUAACGGAUCAUCCCGUUGUAUCAGUGCUGUACUAUAAAGGAGCCCUUCCAUUUACUGGAAAUCAUGAAUCGUCUGUGAUCCUCACUGUACAGCAGGGUGUCGAGCGAAUGCAGCUAACACACGCUUUCGCUCUUCAGUGAUGAAUGACAGCUCUCCAACAUCUGAGAACAUCAUGUUUCACCAGCUGACUGCAGAUACUCUGAAUGGCAGUUGUGAUUUGCCCACGUGUAACAAUAACACAGGUGAAGCGGCAUUGCAGCUGCCCACCUUUUCCAUGGCAGCAAAAGUGAGGGUGAUAAUUACCUUCACUCUUUGCGCAGUGUCAGCUGUGUGCAACCUCGGCGUGUUGUGGGCUGCCAGCACCAACAACAAGCGCAAGUCCCAUGUACGAAUUUUAAUCAUGAACCUCACCGUUGCCGACCUGCUAGUGACUUUCAUCGUGAUGCCAGUGGAUGCAGCUUGGAACAUCACGGUUCAGUGGCUGGCGGGAGAUCUGGCUUGCAGGCUGUUAAUGUUUCUGAAGCUCGUGGCUAUGUACUCCUGCGCAUUUGUGACCGUGGUCAUAAGCCUGGACAGACAAUCGGCCAUUCUCAACCCUCUGGCCAUUAAUAAGGCUAAGAAGAAGAACAAAAUAAUGCUGAGCGUGGCCUGGGUGAUGAGUGUUGUUCUCUCCGUCCCUCAGAUGUUCCUGUUUCACAAUGUGACCAUCACGGUGCCAGCCAAUUUCACUCAGUGUACUACUCGAGGGAGCUUCGUCAAACACUGGCAGGAAACCAUCUACAAUAUGUUCACGUUCAUAUGCCUCUUCCUGAUUCCUCUGGCCAUCAUGAUCUGCUGCUACACAAGGAUUCUGGUGGAAAUCUCUCGAAGGAUGACUAAAGGAAACAUCUCUUCAAAGGAAGUCCACUUACGCCGUUCACACAGCAACAUCCCCAAGGCCCGUAUGAGGACUUUAAAAAUGAGCAUAGUCAUCGUGACCUCCUUCAUAGUUUGCUGGACUCCAUACUACCUGCUGGGUCUCUGGUACUGGUUCCUUCCAGAGGAUUUAGAAGAGACUGUUUCUCACUCUCUGACUCACAUGCUGUUUAUUUUUGGACUGUUUAAUGCAAUCCUGGAUCCCAUCACUUACGGCCUCUUCACCAUCCACUUUCGCAAAGGACUGAAGCGCUACUGUCGCAGCGCGGCCGUGCUCACCGAGUCAGAGAAUAACUCCAUUAUCACGGGCUCAUUGAAAUGCUCACCAUCCCCGUUUCGCAUGAAAAGAGUGACCCAGCCGGUUACAGGAACUGACCCAGAGCAGAACACAAGCACGGUGGGUAAGGAAGAUAAGAAGGUAGCUGACGGUAAAACUAAAGAAUAGUGGAAGAAGCAAACAGUCCAGCAUUGAGAGCGUCAGUUGAUUAGAGAUACGGAUUUGACAUGGCAGGUCUUGCACCAGCUGUCUAGAUGCUUACAAGUGCAAUGAGACAAGAACACGAACCUGCCUGUUUGUUUCGACAUCGUAAGAAAGAUUGAGCCAGAGCGAGUCGAUUUGUUGAUUCGUUCACUGAUGAGCUGCCUAAAUUACUGAGUUAUA